AUGGCUCUGGAAGAAGCUGAACUCUGCUUUCCCCAAAUCAACAACUCCUGCAGGAAGACAAGUCGCCCUCAUUUGGAGGCCACGCUCCUUUACAGUCUGCUGUCCUGCAUCACUCUGCUCACUGUGGUUCUUAACCUGCUGGUCAUCAUCUCCAUUUCCCACUUUAGGAAGCUCCAUACCACCACCAACCUCCUCCUCCUCUCUCUGGCUGUCGCAGAUUUCCUUGUGGGUUUCCUGCAGAUGCCAGUUGAAAUCCUCCUCUUUCAAGGUUGUUGGAUCCUGGGAGAUUUUCUCUGUGCUGUGAAUUUCUUUUUAGGUUUCGUCACUACCAGUGCUUCAGUAGGAAUCAUGUUGCUCAUAUCAGUUGACCGCUAUGUGGCUAUUUGUGACCCCAUGUUUUACUCCAUCAAAGUCACUCCAAAAAGUGUUCAAGUCUGCAUUAGUCUGUGUUGGAUGUUCUCUGCCUUUCAUAGCAGUUGGAUGCAGUGGGAUUUCUUGAAACAACCAGGCAGGUAUAAUUCCUGUUAUGGAGAGUGUGUACUUGUAGUUAAUUAUGUUGCAGGAACUGUUGACCUUGUUGUGUCCUUUUUUGGCCCCAUUACUGUCAUCAUAGUUCUGUAUAUGAGAGUAUUUGUGGUGGCUGUGUCUCAGGCUCGAACCAUGCGGUCUCACAUUGCAGCCGUCACACUCCAGCACUCAAAGAAAGUAACUGCUAAAAAAUCUGAAAUGAAAGCAGCAAAGAAUCUUGGUGUUGUUGUAGUUGUGUUUCUUCUGUGCUUCAGUCCAUAUUAUUGUUUCAGUCUUGCGGCUGAGAGCAACUUGAUAGAGGCAUCAUAUGUAGCCAGUCAGAUUUGGCUGUUUUAUCUCAACUCCACUCUUAAUCCUGUGAUCUAUGCCUUUUUCUACCCAUGGUUUAGAAAAUCUAUUAAACUCAUUGUUACACUUCAGAUAGUGAAGCCUGGCUCCUGUGAGGCCAACGUGUUGUAG